CUCUCGCUCUCUCUCUCUCUCACGGCCUCCCCUCUGGCUGCCGCGCUCUGUGGUCUCGCCCGCCCCCGCUGCCAUGUUGGAUUGUGCGGCCGCCGGAGCCGGGCCGAAGUUGGAAGUUUAGUGCCGCUCGGAGGGGCGGGAGCCAUCGGCUGCGGCGCGGAGCUGCCUCCUGCUCGGUGCCCCCCUCCGCGGGCCGCUUUCCGGGCCCCCCUACCCCUCCGCCUCCCUCCUUCCCCGGCCUCGAGAGGGAGGCUCCGCGAUGCGGCUGCUGUGAGUGAGGCCGCCGCGGAGGAGGAGGAGGAGGAGGAGGAGUAGGGGGCCGCGGGCUCCAACGGUCGCAGGGCAGCGCCGUGCCGGCCCGGCCAUGAGCGGCGCCCCGCAGCAGGCCCCGCAGCCGCGGCGGGUCACCAACGUCGGCUCGCUGCUGCUCACCCCGCAGGAGAACGAGAGCCUCUUCAGCUUCCUCGGCAAGAAAUGCGUGACGAUGUCUUCAGCUGUUGUUCAAAUAUAUGCAGCAGAUCGCAAUGCCAUGUGGUCAAAGAAAUGCUGUGGUGUAGCUUGCCUUGUAAAGGACAAUCCGCAGAGGUCAUAUUUUAUCAGAAUAUAUGACAUUAAGGAUGGGAAAUUAUUGUGGGAGCAGGAGCUGUACAAUAACUUUGUAUAUAAUAGUCCUAGAGGAUAUUUUCAUACCUUCGCUGGAGAUGCAUGUCAAGUUGGUCUUAACUUUGCUAACGAAGAAGAGGCUAAACUGUUCCGCAAAACAGUAACAGAUUUACUUGGACGACGGCAGAGGAAAUCUGAAAAAAGACGAGACCCACCCAAUGGUCCAAAUCUACCAAUGGCGACUGUUGAUAUCAAAAACCCGGAAAUUACAACUAACAGAUUUUACACUCCACAAGUCAACAAUAUUUCAUAUACCAAAGAAAAGAAGAAAGGAAAAACUAAAAAGAGAAGAUUGACAAAGGCAGAUAUUGGAACACCAUCUAACUUCCAACACAUUGGACAUGUUGGUUGGGAUCCAAACACAGGUUUUGAUGUGAACAACUUGGACCCAGAACUGAAAAACUUGUUUGAUCUAUGUGGAAUUUCAGAGGCUCAGCUGAAAGACAAAGAAACUUCCAAGGCCAUAUAUGAUUUCAUUGAAAAAACAGGAGGUGUGGAGGCAGUUAAAAAUGAACUGCGCAGACAAGGGCCCCCACGUUGGAGUGCUCCACCACCACCACCACCGUGCAGAGGAGGACCCCCUCCGCCUCCACCACCACCUCCCCACAGCUCGGGCCCUCCUCCUCCCCCUGCUAGGGGCCGAGGGGCACCACCUCCACCUCCCUCAAGAGCCCCAACAGCAGCACCUCCACCCCCACCUCCAUCUAGACCAGGUGCCGCCGUGCCCCCACCUCCCCCCAACAGGAUGUAUCCUCCUCCACCACCGGUGCAUUCAUCCUCUGCGCCAUCCGGUCCUCCUCCGCCACCGCCACCACCGGCCAGCGGUUCAUCUGCUCCCCCACCACCACCUCCUCCUCCGCCGCCUCCUGGUCCUCCUCCACCACCAGGCCUUCCUUCAGAGGUCGAUCACCAGCUUCCAGUUCCUGCAGGAAACAAAGCAGCACUCCUAGAUCAAAUCAGAGAAGGAGCCCAGUUAAAGAAAGUAGAACAGAACAGUCGACCAGUGUCUUGCUCAGGAAGAGAUGCAUUGUUAGAUCAGAUACGACAGGGGAUACAGCUCAAGUCUGUAUCUGAUGGCCAGGAGAGUGCACCACCUACACCUGCACCCACCUCAGGAAUUGUGGGUGCAUUAAUGGAAGUUAUGCAGAAAAGGAGCAAAGCCAUUCAUUCUUCAGAUGAAGAUGAGGAUGAAGAUGAUGAAGAAGACUUUGAAGAUGAUGACGAAUGGGAUGAUUGAUCAUAUAUUAUAUUAUAUAUAUAUUUUUUAAGGUGAAUGAUAUACUAAACACUACUUUCUGUCUAUGGAUUCUGUAAAAUUAUUAUGUAAAUGUUCUACCAAUUUGCUGUAUAUUUUUGUUGCCUUUUGCUUUUUUAUUAAUCUGUGCAAUACCUCAUUUAAUCUGUAAAGGUUUGUCAUAAUCCUCUACAAAGCUACUCCCUGCUAAUGUGUGCAAGUUUACACCUGAAUGAUCAUGUACAUGUGAAUACUUUCCAUUCCAUCAGUAAGGGAGUUUAAAUGUAACAUGUGAGACUGACAAAAACCUUAAUGUAAUUUAGUUAUAAUGCAAGAAGGAAAACACUAUUUUCAUACCCUACUUUUUCUGUAUCUAAAUUUUCUUAUUAAAACCUAGUAUAGCACUAUGUUCUUUAAGUGAUGCAGCUCUUAGUUUAUUUAGCCCCUUCAUUUCAAAUGCAAUGCUACUUGAAUGUUGAGGCUGUUUUAAUACUAUUGCAUGGUUUCAGAUACAUCACAACAUUGCAGUUCAAAUCUUAGCAGUAUACUUUUCGUAACACAAAAUCACUACAGAAGUGCACAGCUAGUUGUGAAGGUUGCCUUGCCCUAACUGUAGCAAUACUGACUGCUGUUGAAUAGCAGGAGUUGUUGAGUACUUUAAUUAGGGAACUCUCUAUCUGAAUUAAACAGGAUGGCUUUAUGUUGCGAUGAAGGCAUCUUUGAUGCAGACCAGUUCAGUCCUUUUUUUUCCUAGUUCUUGACUUUUCAGAAUGAAGAAAUGUAAAUUACUGGGGGCUGUUCUGAAGGCUCGCAAUUGCUACAGUUUGAUUUAUUUUUAAAAUCAUUUUUAUGUGGUUUUCAAGCUGAAGGGCUGCGUUUAAUGCUUGCUUCAAUAAUGUUUAAUUAUCUUUAAAAAUUUGUAGGGCAUUGGUGUACUAAUAAAGUAAACAUAAGCGGGAUUACUUUGCAGUCUUUGUGUUAUGGUACAUGGCAAAUACUGAAACACCAAUCCUACGUCCAAGUUGGAAAGCCAGUAACUCAACAACAUAUGGUUUGACGGCAUACUGAACUUCAUGGCAAUAUUCUGUGUUCAUUCGUUGGCUUUAUGACCAAGGGUUGUGAUGAAGAUCAAGACCUCUAUUUAAAGGAGUAGCAUUUGAAUAAGUGGACAAAAAAAUGGGAUUCUUAUUUCACAGCUUGAACAUUUAUACGUUGUACUUCGUAGUGCAGUAAACAUCGGCAUAUCUGCCUAUCAUAAAAUACUAAUCUUUGCUAAGUGGGUAUUUAAUAUCUGCAGCGUUAAUUACUGUACUUACUGUAAUUUUCAGGUAGUUUUGUUUUUUGUUUUUGAAUAUACAUCUGACACAGAAUGUUUAGUUAAGUCAGUCAUAUUUGGAACAUAGUUAUUGCAUAGUGUCUUGGGUCCUUGGCUGUAGUCAAGGUAUCAAACUCAAUUUAAGUUAUCAGAAUUGUAUUGACUGAAACCCAGUGAUGACCUGAAGCUGGCAGGCUGGACCUGCACAAUAUGGCUUGGAUUUCUAACCCAGUGAUAGCCUAGUCUCUAGUGAAUUAAUUUAGUCAUAUGAGAAGAAAGGAAAGUUGCUUAAAAGUAGUGGGAGAAGUAAGGUUGUAGUUAAAUUAUUCAGAGGAUGCUAACUUCCUCCUGAGAGUAAUUUAAGCACAUAACAUGAGGAAAAAGAAAAUCCAAGUGGUCUGAUUUUCUUGCGGUAGCUUUCUCAUUGCCCUCUGCUGCUGGAAACGCUUUCUACUAGCUUUGCUGCUCCAGUGGCUUGAAUGUUGGAUUAGGUGCAGGUGCAGCCACAGGUAGCUAAUGGCAGUGGAGUUAACCUGUGUAGGAGGAAAGUACUUGUAUGGCUUUCAUGUAACUUCUGGCACUGCUCCUUCAUUGUUCUAACUGCAUAUAGGGCAUUUUAAAUUAAGCGGAUGAGGCCUAGAGGUUUUCCUAACACUCUACUUACUAGAUAUGUUUAGCUGUUUUGUUCCCAAAGCUGGAAUUUAUGUAAUAUAGUUAGUAAUUAAGCGUCAUAGUUCAUUAAUCAAUUUUCUCUUCCAGGUUUUGGGAGCUCUGAAGUUACGCUACUGAGAAAAACUUUAAUUUGUAGAUACUGGCCAAAGAAAGCUUUUGGUUUUUCAUUUUCCUUUUCUUCAUGCGAGAAGUACACCCACAUUCUGUGGUAUCCAGGUUAAUAUUUACUUUAAAAUAGUGUACGUACAUGAUAAAUUUCAGGCAUAAAGACUGCAGUGGCAGUUAAGUUAGUCAUAACUGCAUGCUUCAGCCCUCUGCCACUCGCACUGUGAGCAGAAGAUAACAUUUCAUGAUGCUGGUGCAUUGUUGCUAAACAUUGUAAUGAAGGCCUCUCUUAUAUAUUCUGGUUAAAUGACUGUCCAAAUAGCCUUAGCAAUUAACAAACUAGCAUGAGGCUUUGUAUUUCAACACUCUGUGCAUAGACAAUUUCAGCUAGCCACUUGUAUGUAUGGGAUCCGUAAGAACCUUCUCAAUCAUUCAGUUCUCCAUUUAUCAAACUGAAAUUUUUAGUAUGUGAAUUUUUGAAAUGUACAGUGAAUAGGAUGUUGCACUGGUGGCAAUUCAUCAUGGAGCAUAAUAAAAUUAAUUUGACCCAA